CUUCUUUCCUUCUCUCAUCCUCUCUCUCUUGCUCCUGAAGCGCUUCGAUCUCAAAUUGCCAAACCCUACGAUGAUGAGGCGAUCCUCGCCGACCUUCCGCUGUCUCCUCCGAGGUGCUACCUCCGGAUCUUCCUGUGAGGCUCGGCGGUCCGUCACGUACAUGCCCCGGCCGGGCGACGGCUCGCCGAGGCAGGUGACCUUGAUCCCGGGCGACGGGAUCGGGCCCCUCGUCACCGGAGCCGUGCGUCAGGUGAUGGAGGCGAUGCACGCCCCGGUGUUCUUCGAGACGUACGAGGUCCACGGCGAUAUGACAACAGUGCCAACGGAGGUGAUUGAGUCCAUCAGGCGGAAUAAGGUGUGCUUAAAAGGAGGGCUCGCGACACCGGUGGGGGGCGGUGUGAGUUCCCUCAAUGUGCAGCUGAGGAAGGAGCUGGACCUCUAUGCGUCUCUGGUUCAUUGCUUUAAUCUUCCGGGAUUGCCAACGAGGCACGAGAAUGUGGAUAUUGUGGUCAUCAGGGAGAACACUGAGGGCGAGUACUCUGGUUUGGAACAUGAGGUGGUGCCUGGCGUCGUCGAGAGCCUCAAGGUGAUGACAAAGUUUUGUUCAGAACGCAUUGCAAAGUAUGCUUUUGAGUAUGCUUAUCUCAACAACAGAAAGAAAGUCACUGCAGUUCAUAAAGCCAACAUCAUGAAGCUCGCGGAUGGUUUGUUCCUAGAAUCGUGUCGUGAGGUUGCAACAAAAUAUCCAGGGAUAAAAUAUAAUGAGAUUAUAGUUGACAAUUGUUGCAUGCAACUUGUUUCAAAGCCAGAACAAUUUGAUGUCAUGGUCACACCAAAUCUUUAUGGUAAUUUGGUGGCCAAUACAGCUGCUGGAAUUGCUGGAGGAACUGGAGUUAUGCCAGGAGGUAAUGUUGGGCAGGAUCAUGCUGUGUUUGAGCAAGGUGCUUCGGCUGGCAACGUUGGAAAUGAGAAAUUAGUGGAGCAGAAGAAGGCCAAUCCAGUGGCUCUUCUCCUUUCCUCUUCCAUGAUGCUGAGACAUCUUCAGUUCCCCUCAUUUGCUGAUCGGCUAGAGACUGCUGUCAAGCGAGUGAUCGCGGAGGGCAAAUACAGAACCAAAGAUCUGGGAGGGAGCAGUAUGACCGAAGAAGUUGUUGAUGCAGUCAUUGCAAAUCUCGACUAAGUUCUCUCAAAACAAUUCAUUGGAGAGCACAUCAUGUUAUGAGGCAAAAGACUAGCUCGCUAUAAUUUUCAUUCAUUUCACGGGAUAGUUUUUCCUGCAUUCUGCAGGGAAACAGGAUGGAGUUCUCAUAUCAAUCUCUUCCUGCAAUAAUCAUGUUACCGAAUCAUGGGCAAGGCAAAAGACAAGCUCGCUAUUACUUUUACUUGUUUCAGCGAUAUUCUUGCAGGCUUUCUGCAGGGAAACUGAUGAGUGUUCAUUAUUAAUCUCUUGGUGCUAGAAUCAUGUUACUGAAACCCAGCCAACGUAUUGUGCUCUUGUAUUCUUGUUUAUCCAUUGGAAAUAAGCAGGAUCUCAUCUCUGACUCUGGUUUAUUA